CGCAUUUUGACUUCCGGUUGAUAAAAGACCCUGUUUUCCCUACAAAAGAUAGAUAUGCCGAGCAAAAAGAAGAAGUAUAAUUCACGAUUUCCUCCGGCAAGAAUUAAGAAGAUCAUGCAAACCGACGAUGAAGUUGGAAAAGUGGCUGCGGCUGUUCCGGUUAUUAUAUCCAGGGCUUUAGAGCUGUUCAUUGAAUCUCUCAUUCUCAAGACCAAUGAAACUACAACAGCAAAGAAUGCAAAAACCCUUACAACGUCACACAUAAAGCAGACAAUUCAGGCAGAGAAAAAGUUUGACUUCCUGCGGGAUCUCGUGUCCAACAUCCCGGAUCACCAGACCGAGGAAGAUGGAGGGGAGAACUCAGGGGCCGCUGAACCCAAGAAACCAAGGGGACCGCGAGGGCCACGGAAGCCCAGAGAUGGCACUAGUGCAAGGAAGAGAACAGGGAGAAAGUCUUCAUCGGAAAGUUCAGAAGCUAAUGCAAAUGAAGAUGAUGAGGAAACAGAGACGGAUGAGGAGGAGAACAAUGGGACGUCGGCACCCACCACCCCCGUGAUGACCUCCCCCUCCACCAGCCAGCAGCUGAACUCACCCCCCACAGCUCACAUCCCAGCACCACACCCCCUUCAUGUGCAGUCACUCCCACCACAGAUGCCUUUCAACAGCAUCCCGUAUUCAAUGCCCCAAAUGUCUCAGGUCCCCUGUAUGCCGUCGGUGUCGGGCAUGUCAUCCUCGCUGCCACAGCAGAAAGUAAUAGAAGAUGACGACUACGAUACAUGAUUCUACACAAUAGAUGUUAAUGAACCACAGUUAAGGACUGCAGCUAAUGAGAAAAACUGAUCUCUUGUUUCCAAAACUGGCUGCUGAACUCUUCAUGUUUUAAUGCCCAUGUUGUGUAUAUUAUUCAUGGUUUUAAUGUGAACUUCCCUUUGUUAUUGGGUGUCCAGUGAAGAUGUUGUACUUAUAAAGUAUAAUGUUCAGUCAUCCAAUGUGUGUUAAAAGUAAAACAACACUUCCCUGUAGUGAUUUACCUUUUAUUUUUUUUAUGAUUGUUACAAAAAAUGAACUUAAUGAUAUGGUUAUUGGCUUAAUUUCAUUCAUGUCUUUUGUUUCGUACAGUGAAUAUUCUGUGUAUUAUCAGUAAACCUGACUCUGUAGCCAAGUCGGUCAGCUUGGUUUGUUACCAUGGUUACAACCAGAAACCAAGCGGAAUAGUCGAAAGGAAAUGCCCAGUUGAUAAAUAAUUUGAAAAACGUUUUGGUUCCAUAUUGAAAUUUAGAACAGUUUUGGGUGAGGUGGGAUCUAAACUGUCUGUAGUAGAUAUGGUUUGUCAGUCCUCUCUGAUAGCUGGACUAUAAUUAGAUGACUGGUUUGUAGACACUGGAAGGCUUUUUGCUUGUAUUUUCAGCUUUACUCUGAGAGAUUUGGAAUAGGCUACUGGUCAGUACAACUUUGUUGUUUACGAUCUUUGUGUUGGCAAUAUAUGCACUGUUCAGUGUACAUCCCAAAGUCCAUCUUGAAAAAACUGUGAGAACUUGUAUUCUUCAAGAGAAGUGACUGAUCCAUCGUACUGCCACAAUGCCAAGAAGAUGUUUAGUUUUUGUCAUAGUUUAUCCCUGUCUGUUAAUGUUUAUCAACACUGUGUGUUUAGGUUCAAGUGAUGCUGUGUCAUCAUUCCCAUAUUCAUUGGCUUCAUCAGCAUCCAUUACUGGCAUCAUUUUGGGCUUUCAUCCCGCAUUAGUUGGAUCUGCCGUUUUAUAAUUUUAUAACUGUUCAAACUGUUGUUAAACACACUUCAUUCACUCACUCACUAAAUCAGUCAAACGGUUUGACAGAUCCCCAUUGCCUCCUGAAACAGUUUGGUUUGACUCAAACCAAACUGUUUCAGGCGGCAGUGGGGAUCUGUUGGCACUUGCCGAUCAGCUAGUUACAAAUUACACACCAUGUCAUUUAAACAUGUAAUUUGCUUGCUGUCUGUACCCUUGGCUAAUAACCGGGCACGGGUGGCCCAGUCGUCUAAGGCGCCACGAUUCGCUGUGCAGAGUUGCAUCCCUUAGGCACGCCAGAAACCUAUGAUUGUGGGUUCGAAUCCCGGUUCGCCCCAAUUAUGUUUCUAGGUU